AUAUAUAUAUUUUUUUUUUUUUUAUUUUUUUUUCUGGGCUCAUCAAACUGAGAAUUUCCUUUAUUUAAAGCCUGAAUUACAUUCUGAAGCAUUCCUUUUGUAGUCUUUCCAAUCAUUUACUGUGAUGGUAUAUUUCUCUAUAUGAAAAGCUCCUCCUUUUUUUUUUCUUCUUCUUUUUCCCCAGGCUAUGCUACUUCAGUUGUAAGGUUGCUAGAGAGCAACAGAAGUCAGAAUCUCUCUGGAAAUGAAAUGGUUGCCAUGACAAUGCUCCCAGCUGCUUCUUGCCCCAGAUGAGAAAAUCAUUUUUAGACUCCUAUAUUACAAGGUUAGGCGACAACAUUUUAAACUAAACAAUACAGCUAAUUGAUUAAAAUCAAAGAUCAAUGCAUUGCUUGCUAAAAAUCUUUUGGCUGAUAUUCAGCUAAAAUUGUUGAAUAAAGUAUGUUCUGUUACAUACUGUUAAUUUAGCUGUUCAAGGUUUUUUUAUUAUUGUUGUUUGGUUUUGAUCAGAUAUCUGAGGUAAAAUUGGUGUGUUGACAACAAAAAUUUCAUCUUAUUGAAUUUACUAAAUGUCUGUAGUAGUAGUAGUGGUAGAAAUUAUCCCAAAAGGGAAGCUGACUGAUACUUAGAUAAGUGUUUAAAGUAUGACUGAGUUUGGAUAAUAUUUUGUAAUGUGCCGAAGUUGGAUCAAACCUGAAAUGCUGGAUGUUUCUACUGUUUAUUAUCGCGGAAGUCCAGACAAUUGAUCACAGAAAUAUUGGUUGCCGGGAACUUCUGAUGGUCUCUAGUCAACUUCACUUUGACAGGGAUCAUCAGCAACACUAGCUUAGGUCUGUCAUGCUGUGUCUAGCCAGUCUUAAAAACCUCUAAGCUUGGAGACUUUACAACCUGUCUGAGAAAGCUGUUCCUGCGUUGCGCUCCUCCUGAUGAUCAAGGUUUCCUAAAUGACCAAUAUGAAUCUCCUUUGUAACCUACUACUGGGUAAUUCCUUAGUGUCUUUGUUGUCUGGUUAACCAAGCCCAGCUCUUUAAACCUCUCGUUGUAGGUUGUAUUCUUAGCCCUUGAUCAUCUUGGUACCUUUUGCUGGAUCCUCUCCAGUUUCCAAGCACUUCUUAUGAACUGAUGGGCCCCAGAAUGGACACAGUACUCCAGGCAUGGCCUUGCUAUUCGAGGGGUAGAGAGGGAUAAUAAUUUUCCUUUGUCUUUUAUACUGCUUAUACUGUGACUCAUGGUUUGCCUUAUUCAGGAUGAGAGCAUGCUGGUUCACAGACACUAGGUGUUGAGUGUAGCUUCUUGGUCUUUCAUGUGGUGCAAGACUCCUACUCAAGUAGUGAGUUAACAGUUCGUACUGGUAAUUAGGCUUGCACCACUCUGCAUAGAACUUCGCUCUUCCUGUUUUUUUUGUUGGCCACUUUUAAGUCUAUCAGUGUUCCUCUGGACUGAAGUUCUACCAUCUAUUAUGUUAGCAUCAUCCCCAAUUUUUCUUAGGCUGUGUGCUGUCAGAUCAUCUAGUUCAUUGAUACAGAUAAUGAACAGUAUGAACCCAACUAUCAACUCUUUAGACACUACAUUUUUUAACUAUCUCAUUUGUGAAUAACUUGUUAAUUACUGGAGAAGUAUUCUGUCCCUUAUUUAAUGAAUGAAAUUGCUAAAAUUAGUUUGCUCAUAUAAAUCACUAAGAAUUAAGAGUUUUCAGCAUAUCGUUUAGUUUUUUCACCAUUGCUUUCGGGAAGGAUUUUGUCAGUUUAUCCAUACCAUCCCUUUCAAAUGUAUGUCUAAUCUUAAAAAAUCAACAGCAAAGGUAUUUGUUCUUGUGUAUUAACAGAGAAUAGCAAAUAGUUUCCUAAGCAUCCUGGUCUACCUCUUUCCCUUUUUUCCUUUUUUUUUUUUUUUUUAAAUAUGUUGUCUUCAUAAUGCUGCACACACUUUUCCCUUAGAAUCAGGAAUGUUACCAUGUUAAAAGUUGUGUCACCUAAAUUGCUUUCCACAUGAAUGUUCUCCAACAGUUUUCAAUUGCAGCAAUUGUAGGUGGCAAUUUUUGCAACCUUUAGAAUAAAAAAUAAGGUGUCUAAUCAUACUCUUUUCCAAAGCUACCCGAGUAACUGCAGUUUUUCAUUACAGCUGUGUCAGCUGACUUAUAAUCAAACAAUUAUUUUCCAUUGUCUUCAAUGAUGAUGGAUUUGGAUGUAUUCUUCAAGUUACAUCCUAAUUCAUUGUUUUUGUUAAAAGCAAAUCCUCUUUGAUUCAGAUAAGUUUCUACUCCUUUAGAAUUUAUUCUAUGGUUCAACAGGAAGACAUGAAAAACAUGUUAGUUAGAGAAAAUAUUUUAGUUUUUACUUCAGAAUAAAGAAAUAUAUUUUCAUAAAGAAGUCUGAAAAAAAUAUGAACACUUGUAAAGUCAAAUGUUUCUAAGAGGGAAGCUUUUUUUUUUCUUGUUUUGUUUUCUUGUUUUGCUUUUACAUUCAUUCAAGGAUAGAUGCCUUGGUUCGUUUCCAAAAUAAUGGUUCAUCUGACAAAUAAUGAAUAUGUAAAAAGGGAUUUAUAGACUGUGUUGAAAAUAGUUUUAAAUGCAAUGUGUCUUAGCAGUUUAAGAUCUGGUUCCUGCUUUGUUGGACAAAACACAUAUUGCACAUGCCAUUACCAGCUUGGAAGUUCAAGAACAAGUGAAAAUAACUGCAGACACUUUUUUUGUUGUUAUUCCUGUCUGAAGAUACAAAAGUGCAUUUAGCUAGGGUUGCAAAGCAAUUCAGAGUCAAAAGUUGUUCAAAGGCACAGAAAUAUUUCUAUGGACUGUUUGUUUUCUUUUAUUUCUAUUAAUUGCAUAUGAAAUGCAAAUCCUCAUAUGUUGUGCUUUCACUGAGGAUGAAUUAUUGAACAGAAAUCAUGCACAGAACAAAUCCUCGAGUAGAGGAUGUAUGGGACUUAAAUGCUCCUUAAGAUUUAAUUGCAGCUUUUUUUUUAGGGAUACAAGAAGCAUUCAAACUGGGUUGCAGGAUAGAUCAAGGAGCACCAAAAAGUGUUGAUUCAUCUUGAAAAUGAUAAAUGCUAGAUUAGUCAUCAUCCAAAUAGACAAUGCAACUUUCAGGUACAAGAAUAUAUAGCAACAACUAAUUCAUCUAAUUCGUUCAUGUUUUGACCUGAAUGAACAUUAAUCAACUCUUGUUAAUCCAAAUAAACUAAAAUACUAACCUACUAACCAACCAGUUCUGCUUUUUUUUUUUUUUCCAUCUUCUUCACUUUUUAAAGCUCUGAGAUGCUACUGCAUAUUCUAAUGUGAAUAAACCUGAAGCAAAAACAUGGUUAAGGGUCAGUUUCUUCCUAAUACUUAAAAAUCAAGUUUUCUUUAUGUAAUUUUUAAAUAUGACUAGCAGUAUAGCAUCUGGUUAAUUUACCUGUGUAAAAUGACAUAGUAAAUGUCAACAACUACCUGUUAUGUGUAUAAGCAACGUAAGUAAUGUUCUGAACUAAAGCCUUUUAUCCAUUGCUAUGUCUAUUUAUUACUCAGAAAUUAAUUUAGUUACAGUAUUACUUUAAUCCUUAUGGAAGAACUUUGUACUUUAUGGUUCAUAUAUACUUACUUGCAAGUGGAACAUGUCAGACCAAAGUCCACCAGAGUAAGCACAAUGUGCAAUAUUGAAGAUACAGUUUUGCUGCCCUUCUACAUUUGAGAUAGUGUGUUGGAGCUGAUUUAUUCACCUGGACUUGAGUAGCAGGCAAAGUACAACUGUAGAGAAUGAGCUCAUGCAUUUGUGUGCACUUCUGUCUUUGCUAAGCUUCACUGAAAGAGAAUUAAAUGGAUCUGUAAAACAUUUCAAUGUGUACUGUAAAUGUGGGGGAAGAAAAAAGACUGACUCACUCAAAAAUACAAAAGGAAAAAAACAGGUAAAACAGAAACUCGAUCCAAAUACAGAUUUCCUAAAGCUAAGUAAUGCUUGUAGGUUAGGUUUUGAUUUGUAGUCAUUUUUUAAUAAUAAUGAUAGAAACUUUCAGUGAAAGGGUUACAUGACAUUGGGAAAUGCAAACACAGCAGAAUUUAAGUGCUGUAGGGGAACCAUGUGUUGAGUUUCAUGGAAGGGAAUUUUCCAGUUUAUUAUGACGUCAAAUGAUCCGCUUUGGAUGUAAUAACAAAUUGUAUUUUAAUAGUAAAUCAGAAUUAUUACUGAAUAGUUUUAGAGUAGAAAAUUCUGUUUCACUGGGUUUCUGUAUAGUAGGUAUAAAAAUUAAUUCUUAAGCCUGACUUUUAUUUCAAUGAUUUAUCUCAAACAUUUAAAUAAAAAUGUGCUUUAUAAUUCUGCACUCUAGAAAACUGUUUGUUGGAUCUUCUGAAUCUUCUGAAUCAGAUUCAUAAGGAAUGUGGCUCUGUUGCAAUGUAAAACACUGUGGAGAAGGGAGUGGGUCUAUGUCAGCUGUGCUGAUGCUGGCAGGAAAUAAACACUGACCAAAGAGCUGCUUCUUACAUGUGUAUUCUGCUUUCAUCAGAAGGGUUUGGCUAGAUUCUAAGUUAAAGUGUCCUUUGAGAGUAUGGGAAACAUAUGUUAUCCUGAUUCAGUGUGAGCUGUCAUUGAUACUGAAAUUCCUCUUCCAUCAGACUGAGAUUUGCUGGGAUGAGGACCCCAUGAUUUAAUACAGUAAGAGCCUAAGCCUUUCUGUGUUUGGAUAGAGAGUUACUAGACAUGUAACACAAAAAAAGAGGACAAAAUGAGGCUCAAAAGUGUUUUGAUUUUGUUUUCACCCCCCCUUCAGUCUGGGUUAAGCCUGUAACCUUAAAGCUACAGAUAAAAAUUCAUCCAGAGCAUAGUCCAGAAUUGCGGAAGUACGUUCUCCAGCACAUAGAAAUACUCCUCACAGUACUAGGAAGCCUUGAUUUUGAGCAUUGUUUGAAGUAUAGACAGACAGUCAGCAGAGCCAGUGUUCCUGUUUGUGCCAGAUGGUCUGUUAACAUCUCUGUUUCCAUAUAGUCUGGACUUGGGGAAUAACCAAACUUUAAUUCUGAUAAAUGUGUUUUUAAGUUUUUGUCUUUACGUUAUUUUCUAUGACCUUUUGUCAUACAAAAUUAGAUUGUAUUUCACUGCCCAUCAAGGCAUAAGGUAACAGAAGUGAAUAUGUCUAAGUGACACAGCAGUGGGCUGCACGUCAGCUGGAAGUAGAGUGUAAAACAUCACGGGAGGGAGAUGGCAGUGAAAGAUGGAAGAAGCCAAUUUUUACAGAGGCUCACUGUAUGGAAAACAGGUGUUUCAAUCUAUUUCUCCUUCAGGACUUUCAAACUAAAAGUCAUAAAUCUUUCCAUUUUUAGUUCCAGUCUGUGUUAUAGCUCUGCAUUGCUGCAGGAGGACUGACUCAGAAGAUGCUGCUGAAGAGUUCGGUGGGAUUUGUUCUGUUCUUGCUUUUUCAUUUCACUGUGUCAGUGAUGACCAAAGAGGCAGUGGUCUUGGCUAAUGCCCACCUUCUCCCUCAAAGAGGCUAUGAGAGACUGGCUAACGUCGAUGAAAAAGACUAUCCAAGGGAUUGUUUUGAAAUUUUUCAGCGCUCCAAAGGAAAUUGCAGAGAUGGUCUUUACAUCAUCCAACCAAAGGAAGACCCAAUUGUUGUCUCUUGUAAUAUGCAGGAUGGUGGCUGGACAGUAAUUCAGCACAUUACAGCCAAUAGUACUGUCGACUUUGAUAGGACCUGGCAGGAUUACAAAUACGGAUUUGGCUCUGUUCAUGACAACCACUGGUUAGGAAAUGAAUAUAUGCAUCAGUUAACAGGAAGCUCUGUGCAAUAUGUACUUGGAGUUAAACUUGUAGACCUAAAUGCUGAAAUUAAAUGGGGACAAUAUGAACCAUUCCUUAUUGAAGAUGAGAAGUCUCAAUACCGAAUCAGGGUUGGCCUAUACAAAGGCAACGCAACUGAUGCUCUGACCCUGGACACAGAAGCUUACCUCCAUGACAACCAGAAGUUCACCACCAAGGACAGAGACAAUGACAAUUACUUUCAGAAUUGUGCCAAAUUAGAACACAAUGGCAUUCCCGGGGGAGGCUGGUGGUACGACGCAUGUGCUGGUGCAAAUCUAAACCGUAGGAAUGUGAUAUACUGGCAGAAGGACUGCAACAAAAAACAUUUGUGCAAGUUUGCAUGGAUGAUGGUUAAACCCAUUGACCACAGCCUGUUGUAUGCAACCAAAUCUUGUCCAUGUCAGAAGGAAGAACUGUAGGUGAGCCAUGGGUCCUUUGAAAGGAACAUGGAUUCUUUGUCAAGUGACUGAAGUAAAAUCACCCUGAUUGAAAAAGUAAUCAGCUGGAUUAUGAAAAUGAAUUUGGGACUUUGCAAGGCCUUUAUGAUACCAUAUUGUCCAGGAUUGCACCAAAAACUUACAGAUGACUACCAACCACAGAAGUAAGAAUAGAGGUGCCUGACUGAAACUGAGGCCUCUAACAAAAGAUUUAAAUGACCCAUUUUAUAGAAUUUUAGCCUUCAGAGGAUUUAGAUAUGAAAUCCAUGAUAUGAUGUCUUGUAGUAGAUAUACACACAUUUCAGAAGGUUUUGCUCCAGUAUUAAUGUUCACUGUUAACUGCACAUCUUCGUAAGUCAUGCAGGAAGGAAAUUUCAAGGGAAGUACCUACAUUUGCAAAAUGCGUAUCAAAGAGUAUUAUAUACCAUAGGACAGCAUCACACCUUUCCUUUCUACCUUUAGUGAAAGGUAUUUUAAUAUUUGAAAUUGGAGUUAGCCUUAUCUCCAAUAAAUAGCUUCUUUUCCCAUUCAUUAACUUCUCUUUUUCUCUCUACUUUUUAAUGCUCCCAUGCCCAAUGAAGUAUUUAGCACAGUCUUUUCUUCCUUCUUAUUAGAGCGUCUUGAACUAAUCAGCUUUCUCAUUAAAAGCUACUAAUCUAAGGCUUACAACUCCUCUGAAUUUCUCCUCAAGAAACAUAGUGAACACUUAAAACAAAAAAAAAAAGUUGAUUUUGCUAUUUAUUUAUUGUUUCAUUUUCUUCCUCAGUAUUACUGCAUUUUAUUUAUCAUGUUUUGACUUGCUUCUUUCUGUUCUACAAUGGGCUUAAGCUUUCUCUUUUUAAUACCACUAUGAGAUAAGAACAGUGUGUUGGCUUUACUUCACAUUUGCUAGCUUCAGUUGUUUUGGCAGUCGACCUUGACGUUAUUUAAACCCUGACUUUUGUCUGAUCUUAACACAAAGAGAGAGACUUUAAAUUCAUGAUGAAUUCAUCUGUUUAAAAAUAAAAAAUAAAAGGAUUUCAGUUUUGGUAACCUUGAAGAUCUUGUACAGUCAUUGGAGUUACUUCACACAUUUCUAUAUCGUUGAAGUAGCUGAAUAACAUCUGAAGAGGUUUCAGUGUUACAUUACACAAAAUGUCAGGAUUAUAUUUACAAUGUCUUGAAUGUUAGCUUAGAUAUUUCAGUUACAGAAACUCAGGCAAACUGCUUUUUAAUUUAAAAGUGGAAUCUUUUAAUUUCCAUUAAAAUAAUUUACAGAAAAUAAAUUGUAUUGUGUUUUGAGAAGACCAAGACUGGCAGGAUUACCUAGGAAGAGAAAUUAAUUGGGAAAUGGAAAAGUCAAAGAAAUUUUUAUUUUUUACAACACACUGCACCAUUUUCAGAAAGAUGCAAAUAUAUUAUGUGGGUGAGGCCAAUAUAGCAUACAUGUGUUUAUUGCAGGAGCUGAUUUUCCCCCCACUCAAACUGUGUUCAAAAAGAAAAAAAAAGCAUAAUAGAGGAAGCAAUGGGUAUUAGCUGAAUUGAAUCUAUGUCAUUAAGUCAAUUUAAUGUGGGUUCUACUGUAACUGUCAGGAAACACCUGAAGUUGUAAUAUGGAUACAAGAAAAUCACUGGACUGCUGCUAGUAGUCUCCAAUAGCUUUUACCCAAAUUCCUGACAAGUUAGCCAGAACACACAGCUGCCAAAAAGGUGUUGUGAAAAAAUCUUAACAUAGAAGCACACAACUGAAAGCCAGAAGACUCUAUCUGAUCCUCAAAGGCAAAAGACCUGCUCGGCAGACCCCUUGUCCUGCUUGGAGGGCUUUGGAGGAAAGUAAUAGUGGAGAUACGCUGCAUGAACAGCUCAGGCCCAAAUCCAGCUGCCCAAUACUGGAGUUAAGUGGAGCACUACAGACCACUGCUUACACUGGGUUCCAGGAUGGGAAUUAGAUUAGCAUGUAAUAAUAGCUUGUAAUAACAGGUCUGCAGGCAAAAACAAGACAGAAAGAUCAACAGUUCAAAGAAGGACUUUAAUGGAAGUCACAGACUGUGGUAUGUUCCAUGCUUCUAAACAAAGUAAGGAUAGAAAUGACUACUUGAACUGGAUUUAGGACUAAGUAGUGGAUGAAAAUAGUUACGAAUGUUCCAAUCCACUCACCAACAGUUUGUUUUCCUAGAGUUUUUCAACAGAAGGACAAGGAGCUUCAAAAAAAGUGGACUAAAUUUUACUUUGUAAUUCCUUGGCAAAAAGCUGUCUUCACUGAACGCAUUUUUUUCUCCAUCCCUGAACCUUAAUCAGUGGAUACCCAGAACAAUGCUAAGCAGCUGCCCAUUGACACCAAGUCAGCAGAAUCAUGGCCUGAAGGACUGGGGCUUCUACUUUGCCUACCGCUAUUUUCUUCUCCCUGUCAUAACCCUCCUAUUGUCUCUUUCUGUCUUGCCUUUUCUGGGCAGCUGCCUCCUGCCCAAACUUGAAGAAAGGAGGUGGGUCCUGUUUUUCUGUCAGGAGUGUCUGACAGGAAUAUAUAUAUACAUUAUAUAAUGUAUAUAUAAAUAUAUGGUCAAGUAUCUUUCUAAAAUGAGGAGCAUUCUAGGAGGCCUAGAACAAUCGGUACAUGGCUGACUUCCAGCUCCUGGCAUACCUGAAUGGAAGGUAUGUUCACCUUCAAACCUACAGUCCCCUAACAGAAAAAUAGGUUUCUUCAUCUCUUUGCUGCUUUGUAUUUCUCUAAACUGCAGGAAAAGCAAGCACAUUCUUACAUAAAAUAUCAAAAUAAUCGACUCAGAACUUGGCAGAAGAAAUAUUUUUCCUAAAAUAGUAUUAACUGACAAAAGAAGAGAGCCUGAGCCUCUUUCUGGCAGAAAUGCUGAUUUGUUAUUAUUUUUCUUUCAUAAUCGUUCAAGUUUUACAAGAGAAACUGCUUUCUUUUGUUUCAGAUUUUCAUAUGCGUAACCUGAAUAAUAGAUUUUCAGACUUCCACAUGACCUUUUCUAUGUGUUAGCAAUAGGUUUAAUUGUAAUCCAGGAGUUUAGUAAAAAUACUCAGACUUCAGAGGUCUAGUGAAACAGGAGCCACCAGCGACCAGGAUUUGAAGUACUUAUUUAGAAGAAAACUUUUCAAGAAUUCAAAAAUGUCAUCUUUUUAAGGAAGACUGACUUAUUUGAUACCUCAACAAAUACAUGAAGAGACUAAUGGCACGUAGUAGCUAAUGGUGUAACUACUGACUAAAAGUCAGUGGUUUUAUUGAGUGUAAUGAGGACUGAAGUUCAUAGUCUGAUACAGAGCCCAGCAGUGCCUACCAAAACCUGAUGAAAUACAUUUAUCAAGAUGGAAGAAAAAUUGCAAAAUCAUCCCUUUCUGAAACUAAUAUUCAUAGAGUACAUCUAGUUUUACAAUACACUACUAUCAAAAUUUUUUUUUUUUUUCCUAGAUAUAGAUACAGAGUAAAUGUUAAAAUCUAAAACAAUAAUUUUACUGGAAUGAUCAAAGCUUAAGCUUUUAUGACACCUAGAUGUCAAUUGUAUGUGGAAUAAACCUUCUUAGUGGAUACAAAAGUCAGCAAUGGAGAUUUGGGAUGACCACAUAAGAAAUAAAUAGCAUCUUUAUGAUUUGGUAGAAGGAAUGCCAAGUAUUUAAGUGAAAAGAUGCAGAAUCCAUGUUUUGGGGCUCAAGUUUGGAAGGGCAUUUCAAAUGGAGAAGCCACUGGCUAUACAGAGGAUGCAGAAGCAUUCUGAAAUAUGAUGGAUUCCUUGAAGCCACCAUAUGCAAACACUGCUGGGAAGCCAUUUUCAGAAUCAUGUUGAAAAGUGAUGAUUUUUCACAGCUGUUCUUGAGAGGGCACAAGUUUAUUUGGAAGAAAGUUCUGAUCUGUAGUAUUCUGUAGCACAAAAUAAUGAAUGUGGAGUUGUUGUUUUUUCUACUUUUUAAGAAAAUCCCUCUGUAAUAUUAAAAAGGAUAAAGCUAUGUGAAGUUUUAGAGCAAAGCCCUUUUCAAUAGAGACACCUAGAUACAUACGUCACAGCAAAUGGUAACUCCAGCUUGACUGUUACGUACAUCUGAGGAAACAGCUAAUUGGUUUUUACUAUGCCUGAGUGACUCCUUCAUAUUACUUGUAUCUCUACAGAAAGUAGAGAAAAUUAAUUCCAAAUGAAAGUUGUAUCAUUCACUUUGUUUGCUUGUUUUCUUAAAGCAAACAAUUCAGACUUGUCCUCUAAAUAUUACAGAGGAACUUUUAAAAAGUGAUGUCCAAAAAUUCUCAUUCAAAAUGAAGAUUUCAGAAAUCCCAAACAAUAAAGGGGUGAUUUGGAGACUUGUCUUUCCUACAAUAAGUAAGGAAGUUAACUUAAAAAUUUCUAUUCAAAAUCCAGAAUCUGAAAACAGUCCACAGGUGUUCAAUUCUGAGUUUCAAACUGAGUACCCAGUUCCAUAAUAAUUGUGUUCUAAGAGAAAACACCAUCUUCUAGAUUGACAUUGGAUUAAUUAAUUGUAAUGACUUCUGAUUUAGAUUUAACAUACUUACUACUUAUCAGUGCCAUUUUUAUUCUUUCCAAUGUGUGACUGUCCCUAGUGACUUUUGCCUUAAGGUUUAUUAGUUCAAUUAGUUUGAUGUAGGUAAUGUAUCAAAUAUGACAUGGUGGCAUUGCCACAGACUUCUUAGAAAUGCCCUUUGUGGGAGAUAAAGAAGAUCAGAAGAACUCACGUAGAGGUGGAAACUUUUCAUGAGGCUCAGCUCUAAAACUGAACGUGAUCUACAGGGUGAUAAGGAAGCACAAUUAAGGAUUUUGCCUUGAGGUAUGUUCUUAUCUCUGGAUCUAGACUCCUUCAGUCCAUAUAUCCUAAUGCAGGUCAUACUAUGGGUACAACUGAGAUGAGGAACAAAACUUCACAUGCAAAAUACCUUUCAACAAUUAACAGCAGUUAUUGAUUAACAUGCGUAGUUCAGUGGAAUAAUUAGUAACUGAAUUAUAGAAUUAAGUUAAUGGCAAAAUAUGUUCUAUCGCAUUUUACAGGUUUGUCAUAUUUACAGUUUGUGUAGUAUUUUCUUUAUAUCCUUUUUGAUUUCAUCCUUCCUCAGUUCAACAGAAUUCUUCUAUACAAGAAAAUCCUGUAUUUCCAUUCUGUCUUGACUUUCCAUCAUUUGCAAGGCUCUUCAUUCUUUGCUAAGUAGUCACAAAAAGUGUAUGAUUAAAACUAAAUUAUCUAUAAGAGUUUAAAGUUCUGUAAACUCUUACAAGUCUUCAUCUACACACAUAAAUUGUAUUUUUGUAAAAUUAGUAUUAUUUUAUACUUUAUGGGGAUCUGGGAUAUACAGGGAGCCUUGUGUAUGUGAAACAGAGACAAAAAUGAUACCUCAGCUUCCUUUGUGGGAAAAUUCGAUAUUCAUGAAUAUUUGCAUGUGCUGGAUCUCUGAAAAAUUUAGUUAGGGAUGUGUAUUUACACAACUAUAUUGAUAAUACAUACAUACACAUAUAUACAUACAUGCAUACAUAUGUAUAAAUAAAAUUCAAUUUUGCCAAAAA